AUGGCUACAAAUAAUACCAAUACUACGAUUAAGCGUAGGGCAAUUGAUUCAAAUGGGAUGAUUGGUCCGUUCUAUGAUAUAUACCGAAAUCGUGUUUUAGAACGGUCUCAUGCAAUCGAACGACCGCCAGUUAAACAAAUUCUUGGCGAAAUAACAUGCAAACUUAUAGAUGGUAAAACAGAUGGGUCUCGAAAUAUUCUCGAAUGGAUCAACAUUGAUGAUGAUUUGCGGUUGAAUAUACUACUAAAUACAGCACCACGAACAGGAGUCGCCAAGCUUGCCGAAUAUUACCAUCCGAUGGGCGAAUACACUCGGUUUUUGCAUUUUCUUUGUCUUGAUCGAGAAUAUGGACUUUCUCACAAUUAUGAAGGUUUUAAAUCAAUAGUACGAGAAGUAGAUGCCACUCACAUUAUUACUAGUAUAAGCUUAGGUAUUGAUGUUGUAGUCGUGCUACAGCUGCCAGUUAAAGGCAAGAUUAUCCAAAAUAUCGACUUUACACUACGAAAAGUUUGUACUCGAUUGAAUGAUCCUCUCAAUGAUUCUUGUUUUUCUCGAGAUGAUGCAGAUGUUCUUAAAAGCAUUACUGAGAUAAAAGUGUAUUCAAAUAUACCUGAGUUAGUAGCAAUGACGUCAUUUCUUGAAGUAUGUCAAUAUAUAGAUAAAUGCAAACACCAGCACAACCCAUUCCAGCCAACAGAGUACACUCUACAACCUAUUGAACAGUUCACUGGUAAUACAGACAAAUCACAUGGAUUAUACACUCCAUUGAGUCAACGUGAUAGUGGCAAGCUUGAAAAAUAUUUGAUAGAAAUGUUAAACUACUACAAUAAAAUAAAAUAUCUUUUCGAGUGUUGUAAAAAUAAGGGGCUUCAUAACAAUCUUCAACAAUCACUAGCGGAUAUUGAAAUAGAAUGGAGAGACUUACGGCAAUGCUAUCAAAACAAAAUGAAAGAAUUAGGCAAGCUGAUUGCAUCAAUUCGCGCAGGGCAUAAUAAUGCGUCGGAGAUUGGUCAAGCACUUCAACACAACGAUCAAACAAUGUUCAAACAGAAACUUCAAGAAAUCUCGAAGAAAAUAAAAGUCUUAUACGAUAAAAUGCAACCGAUCCACCGAACACAAAAAGGUCACGACACACACGCUGCAUUGUUCGACGCUCCAGAAAAACAGGAUGAUCAAGAACUGAAAUCGAACCUUCAAGUUACUCCUGAAAAACAGCCACGCUCUAUGAAUCGUUUUAAUAAUGACAAUAAGCUUGAUGGCAAUCAAUCACAACUUAUAAUUGAGCAGAACAAUAAAAGCAACGAAUUGGCAUUAUCUUCCCACAGCAAAACACAUGCUUCUGACUCAUCCACUGCAUCAACAACAGCCGAACUUAUUAAUAUUCUUCUUCUUGGUGAAAGUGGCGUUGGUAAAUCGACAUUUAUAAAUGCAUUUGUCAAUUAUCUUACAUUCGGUACACUUGAAAAGGCGCAACAAGGCAAACCUGUUGUACUCAUACCUGUUUCAUUUCUGUUAACUACUGGUGAUAACUUCGAAGAACGCACUGUAACAUUCGGCGAUGUCGAUAGUUUAAACAAUGAAAACUUCGAUCAUCCAGGCCAAUCAGUAACGCAACAUUGUAAAUCCUAUGUAUUUCAACUUGAUAAUAUUCGCCAAAAGAAAAUAUGUAUUAUUGAUACACCCGGUUUUGGUGAUACACGUGGUCUCGAUCAAGAUGAUGUAAAUAUGCAACAUAUUUUAGAAUAUAUAAAUGAUCUGACACAUAUAAAUGCUGUGUGCUUCCUUCUGAAGCCAAAUGCAUCACGAGUUCACAAUUUUUUCAAAACAUGCUUGGCUCGACUACUCAAUAGUUUGGGUUCAACGUCUCGUCAAAACAUAAUCUUCUGUUUUACUAAUGCUCGAUCGACUUUUUAUUCUCCAGGUGAUGCAGCUCCUUUACUCAAAUCCGUGCUCAAAGGAACUGGAUUUGACGAUAUUCCGUUUAAAAAAGAGAACACAUUCUGUUUUGAUAACGAGUCAUUCCGAUAUUUGACUGCUUUACAAAAUAAAAUCACAUUCAGUACAGAUGAACACUCUGAAUAUAAACAUAGCUGGUUGACAUCAGUUAAGGAAUCAAGCAAUUUUCUUAAUUAUGUUUGUACAAAACUGAAAGUUCAUACCAUGAGAGUUGAACCACAAUCUACUGAAAAAGCUCAACUUCAAAUCAAGCAGAUGAUCCGGCCAAUGCUCGAAGCCAUACGAAAUAUUCUUCGAAAUUGCAUCAUAUGGGACAUGAGCACAACAGAAAAAUCGAUCGAGCUUAAGCCAAUUCCACUUUUUCGCUCAACACUUGUUUGUUAUCAGUGCAAACGGGAUGUGGUCCGAACAGGUGGUUUCUGGAUGACGAUUGAUGCUCCACAUGAAAUUCAAAAGACAUGCAAUCAGUGUCGAUGUGCACCAGAUCAACGCAUUGAAAUCGAUUAUGAAUUAACUUAUGCAUACGUGGCAAGAUAUCCAAACUCUAAUCGUGCUGAUGAGAUGGCACGUUUAGAACGACUGCUUCGUGCAAGUGCUCAGUUCACUUAUUUUCUUAUAAAUAUUGCUCGUUCAUCGAAAGACGAUCCAUUUUUUAUGGGUAUAGUACAAAUGAUUAGUGAGGAAAAUGACCUAUGUCAAAGUCGGAAUCCAAAUGAAUUCAAUUUAGAAUUGGUGAAAAGACUCAGACAACACAUGAGUAGUUAUGAAGAAUAUGUAAAUAGUAUUAAGCCAAAUCAUGAUGGUAUCAAAUUAGGUAACAUGUACAAAUCAGUUCAAACAAUCCAUGAAGAUCCUAUUGUUAGAGUACAAAUGGAUGCUGUUAAAAAGACUCGACACAAUAUAAUGAAGCAAUAUACAUGUGAAUUUUCAAACUUGUCUGCGAGCUAG